UUUGGUUUCAUAAACUAGGUGCUGAUAACAGCUUAACAUGAUUUACCUUGGGGUCUUUGCUAUAUUCCAAUAUCAUUAUGCCUCAGUUUAGUUAGUUACAGAUUAAGAGUUGUAAAAAUGUAUGUUGCUAAAGAAAAUACAUUGCCUGCUGGUUUAUUUAGCUACUUUUCAGUACACCACAUUAAGAAUGCCACUGAGUACAGUAAGACUUUGAAUGUUACAGUGCAAAUUAACACCUGACCACUCUUGUGGGUUUGCUACUGUUACAAUUAAAAAUCUAAGAAGGGUAAAAACAUGCCAAGUAGACAGUAAGCAACACAGCUACAACAAAUAAAAUUAAUAAUGGGUGUGUUAGAUUUAUAGUGUGUGAAGAAAAGCAUUGACAAUAAUCGUUGUAUUGGCGGCACUGAGUAAAAUUCUGCUUAGGACUCCAUAAAGGUGUGGGCUGGUCCUGAUGCAAACGGUAAUGCAAGAUUUGCAAUCGCAUUUGGAUUAUGUCACAAUGUAUGCGCCCACAUAUGGAAAACGCAAUUUGCAAUUCCUUUUGAAAACUGUCCAGAAUAUCCUUCCACACACACUAGGACUGAACUGUGCUAAAAAUAAAUAAACAGUAAAUUACUGCAAUAAAUAAAAACAUUAUUGCCUAAUUAUAAUUAUAAUAACGUCCAUUAAUAUUCGAAGCCUAAAAUGCCUUUUGAAAGUAAUAAAUCCAAUGCAAAGUCCAAUAAAAUAUCAGUGUUGAGGGUAUGAUAUAGUUAGCCAUACAGCAUAAAAAAUUAAAAUGGCUAUUAUAAAUUAUAAUUCUUUGUUGAAAUAAACUGUUUGCUCUCAAACAACUGACUAAAACUUGCUCUACACAUCUGAGUUACAGAAUUACAUAAAAUAUGUAGACAGAAUCAAAAUCUCACCAUUGACAGAGCCAUGCUGCUGUUGUUCCGAAAUAAAAUAAGUUCAUAGAGGUCACUGAGGGGGCAUUAUUUGUAUUUGUAUGUGGGUGUGUUUAGUUUAAAUGUAUAAAAUGAGCUCAUUGUGAAGGUAUUUAUAAACACAGUCGUCCACACAACAGACUGGUGCUAAUCUAAUCGAUGAAAAAAUGACUAGAAACGAAACAGGACAGAAUUGAUUGCUGAAUGAACUUGUGAGUUGACCCGUCGCGAGACCAAUCGAUCUCAUUCUCGUGGCAGACUUGAAAACCUAUGAUUGUUUAUGGCAUUAUAUUCAGCCACACUCACAGCGCUUUGUCUUGGCGCUUGGAUACACCACGAGGAUCUUUUGUUUUAAUGGUCUCGUAUAACGAACUGCCAAACGAUGAACGCUUUACUUGCCAUUUGCCACUUCUGUGAACUCGAUGGCCCAUGGACACUGUUCUGUACAGAGGCCGUCCACCCUCUGUCCCCAUCUCCUCCACAGCCUGGUCCAGCAUUUCCUGGGGAAAGGGACCGAGAGGCGGACAGAGAGGGCGAAGGGCUCACCAUGAGAGCCAACAGCUCUGCCACACAGAGAGCUGACAUGUAUGAAGUAAGGUGUCGCUCUUUACCUGCGUCUCAUCCACUGAUCUAUAUAUAUGACUAUAUUGUGGAUCAGUGGUCUCACCCAGGCUUUGUGAGUGUGGACAGUGAGAGGGGAAUCCGCCUCAGCUGUCAGUUUUGUCCUGGUCGAGAGGGGCCCAUCUUUUUUGGAGAUCAACAGCACUGUCAUGGUAGCCAUGGACAGUAUCUACCUCAUCAACUCCUGGCCAUUCCUGCUGCUAACCAUUCAGAGUCUACAGAACACAGCACUCAAGUGUCCCCUAUGUGUCCUCAGAGGGCUUUGCUUAUGAACAGCACCUUCUCUCCAGCAGUGUUCCCUCACCAGCGAAGCGGCAAUGCAGCCCGCUCUCUCACAUCCCUAACCCAGCACCCCAACCUGUGGGCUAGUCUGCACUCCUCAUUCAUCCUGGGUGCCAUUGAUUUCCAACAGAUGGUAUUGCAUGUUCUCAUGGGAAAUCAAGUCAUAUGGAGAGGUGCAGACCCUGGUCUUAUCCAAUCAGCUUUCAAUGUGCUGAAGAUCUCCAUGCUGGUGGAUGUACUUAAUGUUGAGCGCGGUUGUGUAAAUCCUGUUUCGGAUGACGACAUUCUCUCACUUUAUCAGUUCAACAUUAGCAGUGCAAACACACAGCCAACAGAGAAAGGUCCAACUCUGUUGAAUAAGAUUGAAGUGGCUCUUUCUAAUGAGAAUCUGUCAGUGGAGGCGGUCUCUCUCGGCUUGCUCUGUCUGAAAGAAGAGUGGAUGAACAAAGUAAAAGUGUUGUUUAAGUUCUCCAUGGUGGAUGGCAGAGGUAAAGAGGACACUCAGAAGGUUUUAGCCCUGCUGGGAGCCACAGGGCCCAGGGAAGAGGACAAUGUGUGUCUUCCUAAGUUUUGGAUGACAGGACUCAUCAAGCUCUACCAUAGCCAUCUAAUAACAGCAAUUAGAGGCGGAGAGAGAACUCUGAGCCAGUGAGAGAGAGUGAGAAAAAAGGGACAAUGGACUCAUUGCCAGAGUUAGAUGAAAGGAAUGUGUGAGUGAGUGCGUGUGUGUGUUAAUUACGGGAAAAGGGACAUUGUCUGAGAAUAGCUUUUUCUCCAUGACAAAGAGAGAAAGUAAAAGCUAUCAUUGUAAUUGGAGUAGGGAUAUUCCGGUAUCAAAUUUUACUGUUGCGAUUAAUUGCUUUUUUUUUUUUUCACGGUAUACGAAAUUAUCACAGGAUUUAUAUUUAGGUCAUAAUACAGUAUAACAGGUUAAUUAACUUUUUUCUUAUAACAAAAAUGACUGAGCAUUUAAAUACAAUAAAUCAAAACAGAAAAAUAUAUAAACUUAAAAGAACUAUAAAGACCCAUAUCACUUUACAAAAAGACCUAUUUAGUUAACUAUUAACAUUCACAAUGAGAAACAGCUACAUUUGCUAGAGAAGUUAUUAAUCAUGCAUACUUGUUUACAUCAGAGCGGCACACGCGUCUUUCAAGCAGCAUACAGCGGUGUUGUGCAUUUUGACCAGUUGAUGGGAAAAGUAUUCUUAAGAAGCAUCCCAAAUACUUAAUAAUUUGUCAUAUAUAAUUAUUCACGGUAUUUAGAAGUGCCCACUAUAACAAUAUCGUGCAUAUUCAUUACCAUGAUAUAUCGCAUUACCGAAUACCGACACGUGUCUAGAUUGGAGCCUCAAAAACGUUUACUUACACACAUGCAUUUAAAUGGAAUGUUGUUUUACCAUCAUGACUAGACAUGUCCAUUUUCUGCCUUUCACUAUGUGUCUAAUAGAGCACAUGGUCCAUUGAUUUCAAUGGAACGAGGCCAAGUAUCAGUUGAUAUUAUACUGUUUGAGACUUGCCUGUUAUAUGUCUAUUAAAAUACAUAAUCACA